GGAAACCCCCAUCAUCCCAUGUGCGCUUCAAAACCCAGAUCCACUCAAAAUUUAACGUACAAAACACGACCCACCUCCUUUCCAAAAAAUGAUGGACCACAAAAGCCCUCAUCACGCAAAAAUCAUUAUCAUGUAGCUUAAUUUGCUCAACACACCAAAAUGGAGACGUCGAGGACGAGAAAAGAUCCGACCAAUACUGUGACCAAACCCAAUCCUCACCCUCCCCGCCGUCACCUCCACCAAAAAUCACAAACACUACCACCCUCACCCACCCACUCCUUCCAUUCCUCCUCCUCCUCCUCCGACUUCGAGUUCACCAUAUCUCUCUCCCCUCGCAAAUCCUCCAACGCCCUCUGCCCCGCCGACGAGCUCUUCUACAAGGGCCAGAUCCUCCCUCUCCACCUCUCCCCUCGCCUCUCCAUGGUCCGCAACCUCCGCCUCCCCUCCUCCGCAUCCUACUCUUCCUUCUCCGACACCACCACGUCGCGUGACUCCACCGGCAGCUCCUCCAACGAGUCACGUGACUCCACCUCCUCUUUUGCCAGCGACCUCGUACUCUUGGCCGACCAGUCAUGCGACUCCUCCCGCCGCCCCAGCUCCGUCGCAGAGGAAAACAACGAGGACUCGUUGUUCAAGCGCGCCUUCAACUACAACAACAACAAGUACGUGAGCGUCCACUCCAACGACAGCGUUUCGAAGAAGAAGUACUUUUCCUUGUCGAGAUUCUCCUCCGUGUUUAAGAAGGAGCCGAAAGUACAGACGAACAACACGACAGAUCCUUACAACAACGCCGCCAACCCCGCCACGGCGGGACUCGGGUCUAACAAUGCAGUGAAACCUAAACGCAGGAGCACUACUGCCAAGGAGGUUAUUGGUAAGUACUUGAAGAAGGUGAAGCCCUUGUAUGAAAAACUCUCCCAAAAACAACAACAACAACAACAACAAAAGAUGGGGGGAGGAGGAGGAGGAUUGGGGAUCAUGACCACAACAUCAAUAUCAACACCGAAAACAUCCGAUAAAUGCACGGCGGCGACGGCGAGGAACAAUAAUACAGAUUGUGGUUCUAAUAAUCAUGUAUUAGUUUCUCAUUCCUUCUCGGGUAACCUCAGGUACCCAAGAAGAAGAGAGUGCAUUUCUAGCUGCCCUUCUUCAAUGCGGGGAUCCCCGAGCCGCUCUGGGGUUCUUUCCCGCACUUUGGGUCCAACGGGCUCGGGUGGUGGCGGCGCUAGUAGUAGCACGUCAUCGUACGGCGACAGAUCAUCGAUGGAGGAGCUUCAGAGUGCAAUUCAAGGCGCAAUUGCUCAUUGCAAGAACUCCUUGGUUCAUGGCAAGAGCACUACAACAAUGGUCGGUCAUGAGAUUUGAGAUCCAAGUUAAUUAAUUAAAUGUAAAAUAAUUAAUUAUUUUGUUUGACUAAUUAGAUCUCAAGCUAAUUGUAAGUGUUUGCAUCUCUAUGUUUGUUUCCAAGAGAGAGCUAGGUCAGCUGAAAAGCUGCAUGCAUGCAUGAUGAUUCGAGGACUUAUGUGAAAUAAGUGUACUAUCAUUAUCAUUGUAGUGUUUUGAUUCAAUACUAUA